AUGAAAACCUCGAAAUCUUCUUCGAAUGGGUGGAUAACUCAUACUACUCGCGAAGAAGUGGCGAGAAAAUUUGUGAAGUUAGAUUUCGAAGAGGAUGAAUGGAUAACUCAUACUUCUCGCGAAGAAGUGGCGAGAAAAUUUGUGAAGUUAGAUUUCGAAGAGGAUGAA